GAAAAGCAAUAGCUAAGUCCGGCCUGCACCAUCUUCCCUGUCAGCCCAGUACAUCAUCCCUGAGACCCGAGGCAAAUAUCCGCAGCACUCUGGACUGGACUGAUUCGGCCGUGUAUGGAGAUCACAUCUGGUUUGAGACAAACGUGUCUGGAGACUACUGUUACGUGGGAGAGACAACACUGUAUUGCCAAGCACUGCAAAAGUCAGUCAGUCGAAGGAAGUGUGCUGCCUGUAAGAUAGUCGCCCACACCAUCUGUAUAGAACAACUCGAGAAGUUUCCCAGCUCUAGAGCCAUUCUGUUGGAUGCCACCCUGCCCCUCAAUGACCCCAACUUUAGAAUUAAUUUCAGGUGUAAACCGUCUUUCAGAGAAUCGGGCUCUAGGAACAUCCGAGAGUCUAUUGUGGUGCGUCAUCACUGGGUGCACCGGAGACGGCAAGAAGGCAAAUGCAAACAAUGUGGAAAGGGUUUCCAACAGAAGUUUGCUUUCCAUAGUAAAGAGAUUGUAGCCAUCAGCUGCUCCUGGUGCAAACAGGCUUACCACAACAAGGUGUCCUGCUUUAUGCUCCAGCAAAUUGAGGAGGCUUGUCCAAUAGGAGCUCACGCUGCCCUUAUUGUCCCGCCUACAUGGAUCAUUCGAGUCCGACGCAAUCAGUCAUCUAUGAAGUCAAGUAAGAAAAAGAAGAGAACAUCAUUCAAGAGGAAAAGCAGCAAGAAAGGCGCUGAGGAAGGACGACAGUGGAAGCCGUUAAUCCGACCCAUCCCAUCACCGCUGAUGAAACCGCUGCUGGUGUUUGUCAACCCCAAGAGUGGAGGAAACCAGGGCAAUAAGAUCCUGCAGUCCUUUAUGUGGUACCUGAAUCCCAGACAGGUGUUUGACCUGAGCCAAGGUGGACCACACGAAGGCCUGGAGCUGUAUCGUAAAGUCCAUAACCUGAGUAUCCUGGCCUGUGGAGGAGACGGCACCGUGGGCUGGAUCCUGUCUUGUCUUGAUGAACUGGCAUUAAAUCCUCAACCUCCUGUUGCCGUGUUACCACUAGGGACAGGAAAUGACCUCGCCAGGACCCUCAACUGGGGAGGGGGCUUUACAGAUGAACCUCUGUCUAAGAUCCUGUCCCACGUUGAGGACGGAACUGUUGUCCAGUUAGACAGAUGGAAUCUACAGGUUGAACCAAACCACAGUGCAGGGGCUGAAACGGACGAACAGCAAACUGAUAAGCUCCCUCUAGAUGUUUUCAACAAUUACUUCAGUCUUGGAUUUGAUGCCCAUGUUACUCUAGAGUUCCACGAGUCAAGAGAGGCCAACCCAGAGAAGUUUAAUAGUCGUUUUAGGAAUAAGAUGUUCUAUGCUGGGACAGCGUUCUCAGAUUUCCUGAUGGGAAGCUCCAAAGACCUGUCAAAGCACAUCAAAGUGGUGUGUGACGGGACAGAUUUAACAUCGAAGGUUCAGGACUUGAAGCUGCAGUGUCUGGUCUUCCUCAACAUCCCCAGAUACUGUGCAGGCACUACACCUUGGGGAAACCCCGGUGAACAUCACGACUUUGAACCUCAACGCCAUGACGAUGGCUACAUCGAGGUCAUUGGAUUCACCAUGACCUCACUGGCUACUCUUCAGGUUGGAGGUCAUGGCGAGAGGUUGAACCAGUGCAGAGAAGUCACCCUCACCACUACAAAACCUCUCCCAGUACAGGUGGAUGGUGAACCGUGCACCGCUCCCUCCGUCAUCCACAUCAGCCUCAGAAACCAGGCAAACAUGGUUCAGAAAACCAAACGACGGACUCACUACCGCACCUUAACGAUGUUCUGGUCCUGUUUGUGUCUCAGUCAACAGCCAGUCCCAGAAAAGCUGAGGAUCAGAGUCAGCAGGAUCAGUAUGGACGACUAUGACGCUCUGCACUAUGACAAGGACCGACUACGACAAGCAU